UACAUCCAUUUGGAGAGCAAAAUGGUGGAGAGAAUAAAGGAUAGUCAGCUUUCUGCUUCUAUAAACCAGAAGUUGGUAGAAUCCGGGGAACGAGAGAGAUUGAAAGAGCUUCUGAGAACCAAACUCAUAGAGUGUGGAUGGCGGGAUAAAUUAAGGAGUCAUUGUAAAGAUGUUAUCAAACAAAAAGGACUUGAGAAUGUGACAGUUGAUGAUUUAGUGGCUGAAAUAACGCCAAAGGGAAGAGCUCUGGUCCCUGAUGAAGUGAAGAGAGAGAUGUUGAUUAGAAUACGAACUUUCCUUGCUGCAAACUCGUAGCUUUUUAAAGUGCCAUGUACAAAGAACUUGUUAUUUUCUGUUGCAUUAUUUUUCCUUUCUGUCUUGUUUAGUAAUGAUUAAUAAAGCUCGUGAAUUUUA